GCGAGGCCACCGAGAGUGAGAGCGCCAAGGGGGUGGAGAUCCCAGUUGUGUCCAUGGACUUUGGGUACCUGAACAGCUCAGAGGCGGACUCCAUCCAGGGCGACAGGCAGAGGAGGAUCACUAUCUUGGCGAUGCACUGUCGUAAGACACGCUGCUAUGGAGCGAUCGCGCUGCCCAGCGAGAGCACUGGCGAGUUCGUGGUCAGGGCGUGCAGCGACUUCCUGGACUAUUUGGGCCACGAGAGGUGGGUGCUCAGGUCUGAUGGCGAGGAGGCGAUGUUGUCUCUCAAGCAGGCGGUCGUCGACAAGUGCGAGGGCAAAGACAUCAUCUUAGAGGAAUCGCCGGUUGGUGAUCGCGCAGCGGACGGCCAGAUAGAGAACGCGGUGAAGAUCAUCAGGGGCCAGGUCCGCACGCUACUCUUGGCGUUGCAGUCUAGAUGGGGUAAGCGACCUCCUUUUGCGCAUCCCCUCGCGCUCUGGGCCAUCAGGCAUGCCGCUUCAGUUAUCAAUCGAUUCCGUGUUGGGACUGAUGGUCGUGCGGGAGAAGAGCUUCGCACCGGGCGGAAGUGGGGGCGUGUGAGCGUGGCCUAUGGAGAGCGCGUCAUGGGCAGGAAGCUGGUGGUGGAUCAGAAGAAGAGAGACUUGGAGUCGAGGUUUCUGGGCGGUAUCUACUUCGGACAUUCGAGUCGAAGUGGGGCGGCGCUGCUGAUCACGAAGGGCGGCGUGCAGAGAGCUACUGGAAUCACGCGACGCGAUCCGGUGGAGAGGUGGAAGUGCGGCCCUGACGUCUUUGAGCUGCAGGGUGAGCCUUG